CUCAAAAAGAUAAAAUUAAUUAAUGGGGGAAAUUUUGAAGACAGAGUAAAGUGAUGCAACAAAUUCAGCAGAAUUAUUAACACAUUCAUUCAUUCUCUCCCAAUUUCACACAAACACAAUAAUAAUAAUAAUGCCUCUGAACUCAGCCUCCACUUACGGCCCCAUCUCCGCCGCAAAGCCGCCGCUAGUAUCCCGCGCUCGUUCCCUGUACGCCGCCCGCCGUCCAUGGCGAGUGUUCCUCGACAUCUCCGCCAUCUCAAUCCCUUUCAGCUACGCCGACGCCAUGUCCAGAAUCCGCCUCAACGCCAACCAUUUCCGCGUCAAUUACGCCCUAAUUAUCCUCAUCGUCCUCUUCUUCAGCCUCGUCUACCACCCAAUCUCCAUGAUCGUCUACUCGGUUUCCUUCAUCGCCUGGCUCUCGCUCUACUUCUGCCGCGAAGAUCCGCUUCUGAUUUUCGGCAGAGUCGUUGACGAUCGCGUCGUUUUGGUGGCGUUGGGCUUGGUUACCGUGGUCGCGCUGGUGUUUACGCACGUGGGGAUAAAUGUUCUCGUGGCUCUGAUUGUUGGUGUGUUUUUGGUUGGCGUACACGCCGCGUUUAGGGGUACGGAGGAUUUGUUCUUGGAUGAGAGUGAUGCCGCCCAAGGCGGAUUGCUCUCCGUUGUCCGUUGAAAAAAAAAUUAGGGCUUUUUCUGAAUUGAGUUUGAAUCUGGGGAAUUAGGGUUUUUAGUUUCAUUGAUUGGGAAUUUUUGUUGUGCCGUGUGAAUUUGAAGUGAAAGAUUCGACAUUUUUUUGGAGAUUUACGAAAAGUCGGUAACUUGACAUUGUAGUUGUAUUGCGGGUUUGAACGUAGACAUAAGCUUUUUGUGGGAGAGGAUGGAACAAAAAUGGCUGAUCACAGUUUUGAUUGGUGAGAGUUCGAAAUGUUUAUCGGGAUCUUGUAAUAACCGUAUGGGAAAAUUGGGUUCAAACUCAAUUGCAGUUUCUUUUGUGAAGAUUAGAAAAAGUUGUGAUGGAAUGCUUGCAGUUGCACUAGUCUAACUUGGGAGGUGAGUUAUUGUUUUCCUCCGACGUAUGAAUCACCGUGUUAUGAAAUAGGGCAUGUCGUUUUGUGUUCUAAGAUUGUCUCAAUGCUUCUUGGUUAAAAAUUGAAGCCAAUUUUCGUUGACAUCUCUAGAUGUUAUGGAAUUCGUUUGCCAGUUUGUUAUUUCUUUGGUUUGGUUUUAUAGUGAUAUUUUGCUUGUUCUGAACUAUGAUCUAUUCUUUUGCUGCGACUGAUUAACCAAUGUUUGGU